ACUGUGCAAUUAGAUAGGAAAACAAUGACUAUUGGAAAUCACUCUACAGUGAGAGAAUUCAUUCUCAGAGGAUUAACUAACCGGCCAGAGCUCCAGCUCCCACUCUUCCUACUCUUUCUGGGGAUCUACCUGGUCACCAUGGUGGGGAACCUGGGCAUGAUCACCCUGAUUUGCCUAAACCCGCAGCUUCACACCCCCAUGUACUUCUUCCUCAGUAACUUGUCGUUUGUGGACCUCUGCUAUUCCUCUACCAUUACCCCUAAAAUGCUGGUCAACUUCAUGUCCCAGAAGAACAUGAUUUCCUAUGUGGGGUGCAUGUCUCAGCUCUACUUCUUCCUUGUUUUUGUCAUUGCCGAGUGUUACAUGCUCACCGUGAUGGCUUACGACCGCUAUGUGGCCAUCUGCCGCCCUUUGUUUUACAACAUCAUUAUGUCUCAUGCCCUCUGCUCCCUGCUGGUGGCUCUGGUUUAUACCAUGGGAUUAAUUGGAUCAACAAUAGAGACUGGUCUCAUGUUAAAAUUGCACUAUUGUGAGGCACUCAUCAGUCACUACUUCUGUGAUAUCCUUCCUCUCAUGAAGCGCUCCUGCUCUAGCACCUAUGACGUGGAGAUGGCCGUCUUCUUUUUAGCUGGAUUCAAUAUCAUAGUCACCAGCUUAACAGUCCUUGUUUCCUAUGCCUUCAUCUUGUCCAGCAUCCUCCUCAUCAGCUCCACUGAGGGCAGGUCCAAAGCCUUCAGCACCUGCAGCUCUCACUUUGCAGCUGUGGGGCUGUUCUAUGGAUCCACUGCCUUUAUGUACUUAAAGCCCUCCACAGCCAGUUCCCUGGCCCAGGAGAACAUAGCCUCUGUGUUCUACACCACAGUGAUCCCCAUGCUCAACCCCCUGAUCUACAGCCUGAGGAACAAGGAGGUCAAGGCUGCCCUGCGCAAGACCCUGAGGAGAAAACUCUUGUGA